CCCUCCGCCCACACUGUCUUUGUUGUCGUUGGUGCUGUUUGAUAUGUGCUGUAGAUUUUGGUGGCGCUGUAACACGGAUGACAACCAUCUAGCCUGGUAGUCCGUCGCAGCGGCAACAGCAGUUUUUCAACGGAGGAGAGUGUAUCUGCGACGGCGAAGGGGAGCAAGGAUUCACGGCCUCAAUAAUGGCUACUGAAACCACAUCGUCCUGCACUGGCUCCAAUUUACUGCAGCCGAUAAGCGAGAUAAUCAAUCUUCCUCUAGACCAGGUGAACUUUGUUGUGUGUCAGCUGUUUGCCCUGUUGACAGCCUUCUGGUUUCGUCUGUAUCUCCACCCCAGUAAGACCAGUCCCUUCAUCAGACAUGUGGUGGCAACGCUACUGGGCUUCUACCUGGCUCUCUUCUGCUUCGGCUGGUACGCCUUACAUUUCCUUGUCCAGAGUGGCCUGACCUACAGUAUCAUGAUGUUCGCUGGGCUGGAGCACAUGCACAAGUUGUGCUUCAUUGUGGCUCUGGGCUACCUCAGUUUCUGCCAGGUCACCCGGGUUUACGUGUUUGACUAUGGCAUGUACUCUGCAGACUUCACCGGGCCAAUGAUGGUCAUCACUCAGAAGAUCACCAGCCUUGCAUUUGAGAUACAUGACGGUUUGGCGAGGAAGGAGGAGCAGCUGACCCCCAGUCAGAGAUGCCUAGCUGUAAGGAGGAUGCCCAAUCUGCUGGAGUACCUGAGCUACAACUGUAACUUCAUGGGCAUCCUGGCCGGGCCCACCUGCUCCUACAAUGACUACAUGGCCUUCAUCGAGGGCACGGCCUACCAGCCUCGCCACCUGGAGAGCAAUGGAAAAGAGAACGGGAAGUACAAGCACACAGAGCCCUCUCCCAAGAAUGACAUUAUCUCCAAACUUUGUACCUGUGCCAUCUCCCUGGCCAUCUUCCUGUCCGUGUCUAAGCUCUGUCCGGUGGAGCGCUCCAUCGACGACAAGUUCGUGGCCUCUACCCCCUUCAUCCUCCAGGUCCUCUACCUGUACCUCUCCAUGUUGGCCACCCGGCCCAAGUACUACUUCAUUUGGACCCUGUCUGACGCCAUCAACAACGCUGCAGGUUUUGGCUUCAACGGCUACAAUAAAGAUGGCACCCCAAGAUGGGACCUGAUAUCAAACUUGAGAAUACUGGACAUUGAGUUUGCCACCAGUUUCAAGAUGUUCCUCGACAACUGGAAUAUCCAGACAGCACUAUGGCUCAAAAGGGUGUGCUAUGAGCGCUGUCCCAUCAACCCCACAGCGGCCACCUUCCUACUGUCGGCCAUGUGGCACGGAGUGUACCCCGGGUACUACCUCACCUUCCUCACCGGCAUCAGUAUGACCAUGGCAGCACGGGCAUUAAGACACAACAUCAGACCCUACUUCCUGGGUUCAACGACACACAGGAGCAUCUACGAUGUCAUCACGUGGGCGGGGACUCAGAUCGCCAUCUGCUACACGGUGGUGCCAUUCGUUCUAUUGGCCGUUGGGCCAUCACUCAAGUUCUACAGGUCAUGGUACUACUGCAUACACAUAGCCUGCCUGGUGCUUGUGUUAGCCCUUCCAGUGAAGCCCCGGCACCUCCGCAUCAAGGAGGAGCAACAGCAGCAGAACAGCCUACAUGGGGGGUUGACUGAAGACCACAACAGCCACUCCAUCACAGACAACAACUGCAACCAGAAACACAAAGCCACAUGAGACCUAGGAGGAUGCCCCUCCCCCCCACACCUCAGCGCUCAAACAACCGGCACAGAGAGAACAGAACUCUGCUCGAACACUGAGACAAAGUGCGCCAAUUCUUUGAGACCACAAAGAACCAAAAAAAUUGACAAGAACACCGGCAUAACCGACAAUAACAAACACAAAUAACAACAACAACCAACAACAACAACAACCCGUCAACCCUGCCAGUAGCGAGGAAAGACCGCAAAUCAUGUUUUGGAGAAAUGAGAGGAAAUGUGAGGAAUGGAUAGAGAGAGUGGUAUCUGAGGGCCACCAAAUGGCUAGGAUCUAAUGAGCGAAAAUAAUGACAUUAGCGAUGAUGCUAACGGUGCAAUGCUAAUCGACAGAAUGGCGAAGACUCUGAAGUUGCCUUAAACCCUCUAUGUACUGCUAGCAGGUUAGCGGCCAGGCUAGGUGCAUAUUCUGCAGGGUGAGAAUGGUUGUGUUGAGGAGAGAUCUUGUGGUGUUGGGAAAUUAAGCAGUUGUAGUAGGACCUCCGCCAUGUAGAGGGCGCUAUACAGGCUAGUCAGACAUGUAUCUAGAGGGUUUUUGUCACUGUCCGAAAAGGAUGUAACCUCUACUAGAAAAAGAGGCAUGGUAGAAAAGUGAGAGAAAUAUAUGAAAGAAAUAUAACUUUUGUCUGAUGCCAACUCCAAGCAGGCCGCCUUAGGAUCUUCUAAGCAUUGUUUGAUUACUGUCACUUUUGUUUAAAAAAAAUCAUAUCUGCUGCUUUUUUGGAAUGAUACUCCUAUAGAAAUGUGGGUGCAUUACAAAAUAAGUUGUAUUCACGGUGACUGUUGAUUUAGAUUAAUUGUUUUUAAGGGCUUUUUUGACAUGGGUUUAAUUUCCUACUGUAAUUGAUUACAAACUGUAGGUUUCCUCUAGGUUCAGAUGUCUUGCCUGCCUCUGUAGCAUCCGUUGCAAUUUCAGUACUGUUAAAGUGGUUUGAAAUCUAUGACGAUGUUAGAUUUACUCUCUGAAAAGUUACUUAAAUAAAAAUCUCCCUCUAUUAGUUUUUGAAUCCAUAGCCUCUAAAUGAAAUGCAACCAACUGUAUUGUGACCAUACUGUAUGAGUAAUCAGAUAUAGGAUGUCAUGAUUAAUAUCACAAUAACUGAACCUUAACUGUAAAGUAAAUUAUGUUUCUAAAGCUACAGAGCUACACUGUAGUCCAAAUGAAGCUGACUUGGAUGUGUCUGAAUUACCUUUCAGUAACACUAAAGGUUGGGCAAUAUGUGUCUGACGUUUGGGAAACCUACUGUAUGUAAUAUUAUUUGGGAAUAAUGGAAAAAAAUUAACAUUUAUGUUUCAAGUUUUUAUUAAUCGUAUGUACAGGAUACACAUGGUAUACACCAUCCAACGAAAUGCUUACUUGCUUUAUGCUUAAUUCUUAUGCUCCAAUUAUGAAGCAUAACUCGUAUGCUCAAUUGUUUUGUGACCCCCUUAAUAAACAAAAUCAUAUUCCAAGCCAUAUCCCCGACAUAAGCCACAACCCAAGAGGUUCCAUCAUUACUGUAAUGUGGGAACCACUGGGGUAAGAGAUACAUCUGGUGGGUCCAACCAACUCUUCUAUGAGGGGGGUGUUUAUUGUGGUGCAGAGGACCGCCCAUGAGCAUAACCAGAACGCGUGUAGGCUAAGGUUCGACAGCGCACUGCUUCUGCAGAGGUAUGGUCAAGGGCGUACUGGGACGAGAAAUCGGCCAUGGCAUUUCUAACACUCCUCGAGGUCCCCACACCGGCCCAUUUCUUUCCUUGAAGUCCCCAUUGUUAGCCAGAUAAUUGUCAUUUUGUGCAACAACAAAAAAGUUACACAGGCCCACUGGGCUUAAAAUGGACCAGCUAAUCUGGCAGUCCACCCCUGGGUAUGGAACAUUCUAUUUCAUACAGUGCAGGCAGCCAUUUAACAUAUUUUUGACCAUACAGCAUUUAUUAGAUGGUAAGACUUGGAUUAGUACCGUAGUACAACCAAAAUGGCAGCCAAUUAACCAGUUUUGGGAGCUUUCUUUUGUGAUCAUGAGUAACAAUGCAGCAGAUUUGUGUUUUCCAAUGUAAUCUCCAUCUUGUUUUUCUAACAUGUGCAUACUCCUUCCAUAAAUUGUGUAUUUAUGUGAUUUUUCUAGAUGUUCACGUGGUCUAUGAGUGUAUUUGUAGCCAAGGCGUAAUGCCUGAUGACAGGAAAGGGAUGCUACCUUUACCAACUAGUUGAAAAUUGCACUGCAUGGCCACCCAAAUCUAGCCUGGUUAAACUAGACUGAACACUAUGCUCGCAAUUGUUUGUGCAACAUUGUGUGGUUUAUCCAGGCUACCCCAAACCAGCAGAUAAAUCCAAACUGCUCCAUAUGUCCAAAGUGCCAAGUCAUAAACGGCCCAUAUACCUUUGUGAAAAUAUCAUUGUUAUUUUUGUGUCUAGAAAGAACUUAACGGAAGAUUUGUAUAAGUCCUUUGAAAAAAAUACUGAUUUUAUGUCAAAUAAAAAAACUUUUUUUUAAUACUAAUGCAGAGAUUUAAAACCAGAGAGUCUUCUCUCUCCUUCUUUUGCACUUUUGAUAGGAAUGUGAGUGGAGUGGAGAGUGUGGAGUGCUACACAGGGAAGUUGCCAGGGAAAUGCAAGGGGGAGAAGGCAAAAGGGAUGGGGAUUCACAGCGUGGAUAGAAAUAUUUUAUCCUCAUGGGAUAAUUUGACAGGGAUGUGUUAGGGUGUAUCCCAAUAGUCCUACAUGGCUUCCAUUCCUUGUCUCCUUCCCUUCAUCCUCACUAGUCUGGAAGUAUAGGCCUGGUGAAAGCACUAUGGUAGAGCUCUACCAUUGAUACCAGCCAAAUCCAGUUAUUUUAAAUUGGUUUUGAUGGAGGAAAGAAGAUUAUGCCACUUUGGACUAUUUGAGAUACACCAUAAAAAGUGUCUGACUCUGACCCUCUAGGUCUCUGGAAAAAGAGCUUGGAAAAUGAGACGGGUUCAGGAGCACAACGUCACUGGCCUGCACCUAAUCAGAAGCACAGUGGAAAUGAAAAAGCUUGAAAUCUGGGUCUAAGAGAUCCCUCUCAUUUCCCAACCUAAAACAAAGAAGAAUCCUCUGCUUUAUUUGUGUGUGUGUAUGUGUGUGUGAGGGAGGUUCUGUAUAUUUGUCACAAUUGUCCCUUUAUUAAACUUGGAAGCAUUUGUUUUGAACAGUCAUGUCUAUGGUAAAAUGCAGAGUUUUGGAAAUGCAUGAAAGACGGCACACAUUUGUCUGAUCCCACCGUCUGCAACCAUCAGUGGACAGGACCACACGACUGCUAAUAAUACUUACGUGUCAGUAAACAUGGCUCUAUAGCAGUUCUGGAUCAUAUUUGGAAUAUUUCUCAAGUCCUCUCCCCGGCAUUAGCUAUCAUUAUUCAGUAGAUUGUAUAAUGCAAAUGACUCUUAUUCCAAGAAUCCAGACAUUGGGAUGUGUUGAUGAUAUCAAAUUGUAUCUGUCAUGCUUCAUAGACAACCGGUGUAGACUAACAGUGAAAUGCUUACUUACAGGUCCUUUUCCAACAAUGCGGAGUUAAAGAUUAGAUUUAAAAAAUAUAUAUAUAUAAUAAUAGAAAUAGUGACAAGGAAUAAAUAAAUACACAAUGAAUAACCAAUUGUAUUUUUUUACAAUGCCUUUCUGUGCAUCUUCACUUCAGCCAAGGAGGAGAUUUGUGAGUGACCUUUCUACCCUUUACUGUUUACACUGCUUGCUUUCCAGUUUGUGCAAGCAUUCUUAAAAGUUAGUUCAUUUGGAUUAACAUUUUAUUGGAGGAUCUUUCUAAUCUACUAUACACUGACCUGGUUUUGAGAAGGUUGAGGAAUAUUCAGUCUCCUAUUCUGCCGUUUGUUUAAAAAAAAUUGUUUUGCUUUAGUUCACUUCCAAUGCCACGUGUGAAAUUAAAAUAAAAGUCAUACCAAAUUUGCCUUUCCUGAAUUCACCUGGCUGUUGUUUAGGCUAUCUUUGUUUAAAUAAGAGUAUCAUUUUUAAUAAAUGGCUUUAUUUAUUUAUUAUUCACGAAACGUGGGGGUGGUGUCAAGUUGGUCACUUUUGUCAACACUGUGAAGCACUGACCACUUUUAUACUUUCUUGUAAUAAUGCUUUCUUUGUAACGGUCUGUGGCUGUUGGGACAUAGGCUGAUGUAGUUUUGUUUUGUCUAAAUGUUUCAGUUAUAUAUCUUGACUGUGUUGAUGUAUGUUUCUUGGCAGUAGCCUACUGAUUAAACCAGCUGAUUAUA